AUUGUGCAUUUUCAGGAUUAAGACUACACAAACGAAGCUUUUUCAUCUUCUCAAAAAUAAGUGUUUAAUGCUCUGACACUAGAUAUGCGCAAUUUUAUAUUUGUUUAAGUUUACUUUAGGGAAUGACUUCUAAAUAUGUUUAUGGGAGGACAGAAUUUUAAAAUAAAGAGGGGGAAAAAAAGCGACCCCGGCAGGACUCGAACCUGCAAUCUUCUGAUCCGAAGUCAGACGCCUUAUCCAUUAGGCCACGAGGCCUGCAGAGUGAUCUCGAAAGCUUCCUUAUUAGUUAUGUCAACGUCAUGUCAUGUCAAGACGAGUAAGAUAGAAAUAUGUUAAUUUUAUGGUUAAUAAAGUAUAAACACAAUAAACACUUAUAUAUGCAUUAUUUACGUUUUGAGGGUUUGCAAUUAUUAUUAUUAUUGUUAUUAUUUAACAAAAAUGUCUCAGGAUAGCUACCACUCUUAGCCACCUAGUGUCGCUGUGUAGAAAAAUGAGGCGGAUUUAGCGUCAUACAAAAUGGCUUCUUCGCUCGGUGUUAUGUGAUGUUCAUGAACCUCGUGUUAAAGUUAAAUGAUGAUCUGAACACGCUAGGGUUACUAACGUUGUGGUGACAGACACAUCAAUAUUUCAGUUAAUAUAUUUUCAUUAAUUGAGUAACUUAGGCGUAUGGGGAUAUCUGUAAAUUGUAGUCACAAAUGUAAACUCGCUACGUGCUGAAGUUUGCAUCUUCUGUUAUGUUGAUGCUUCUGGUCAGUAUGAUCCAGUGGAUUGUCACUCUGGUAUUGUUUAGUAACUGUUUCCUCUGUGUUGCUGCUUUGAAAGUAAAGUCAUGAGCUUGAUAGGUUCUAGGAUUAAUAAGUCAUUCUGAUGUUUAAACGUGUACGUUUGUAUAUUUGGUUCUGUUUAUUUGAAUUAUUCAGGAUGGGACUCAUCCUAAGACAUACUGAGGCAAGAUGCUCCGUCUGGUGUCUCCUCGAAGGAGGUGGCGAUGCCCUUCAGCUGCUCUGCAGAGGCGAAGGUGCUCAGCUUCAGCUGAACACAAAGUGCAGGAGCGCUCCACUCAGACCCGUGUGAAUCCCCUCAACAUCCAGAUGCUCUCCAGGAACCUGCACGAACAGAUUUUUCGCUCCUCAACUGUAGAGUACUCAAGUGAGGACAUAGAGCGAAGCAUACGACAUUUGGAGAAGCAUAAACUCUGGGGAAAGGAGGCAUCACUGUUGAGUGAUGUGGAACUAAAGUUACCAAAUAUGUAUGGCAAAAACAUUGAUGAGCAUUUUUGUAAACUUGCACAAAAGCAAAGCCUGCCUUAUUUGGAGGCAGCUGGGCAGCUCCAGCGAGCACAGCUGCCUGACAUGCCCCCGCAGUGGGCUUGGGAAGUAGGCUGGGUGAGGUACUCGCAGAACGGAGAACAUAUAAAGGUGGAUUUUCCAGAGGAAAAUGCUCUGGUGUUUGAUGUGGAAGUCUGCAUGGCUGAGGGCCACUGUCCCACACUGGCAGUGGCUGUUUCUCCAAAUGCUUGGUACUCAUGGUGCAGUAAAAGGCUUAUUGAAGAGAGGUACAGCUGGUCCAGUCAGCUGACACUAGCAGACCUAAUUCCUUUGGAGACUGCAGCCAACUCCAGCAGGCCUCCUGGUGGACACUGGCAGGAGAGACUUGUAGUGGGACACAAUGUCAGCUUUGACCGAGCGCACAUUAAAGAGCAGUACCUCUUGAAGGGCUCCAAGAUGCGUUUCCUGGAUACGAUGAGCCUCCACAUGGCUAUCUCAGGACUGACAGGUUUUCAGCGAUCCCUCUGGAUGGCCAGCAGGUAUGGCAAGAGACAAGGACUGCAUGAAGUCAAGCAGCACAUGAAGAAGCUUCGGCGCCGCCCUGAGGGCCCAGUGAUUGGUUCUUGGGACUGGGUCAGCAUAAGCAGUAUAAAUAACCUAGCUGAUGUCCAUGCUCUCUAUGUUGGAGGUGAUCCUCUGGAAAAAGAGGCCAGGAAUAUUUUUGUGAAGGGCAGCAUGAGUGACAUUAGGAGCAAUUUCCAGGAGCUGAUGCAGUAUUGUGCUAUGGAUGUACUGGCUACUCAUGAGGUGUUUAUCCAACAAUUGUCCCUUUUCCUGGAAAGGUGUCCUCAUCCAGUGACCUUUGCAGGAAUGUUGGAGAUGGGUGUUUGCUACUUGCCUGUCAAUCAGAGCUGGGACCGGUAUUUGGAGGAUGCCCAGGACACAUAUGACGAGCUUCAAAGAGAGAUGAAAAAAUCUCUGAUGAUUCUUGCAGAUGAUGCCUGUCAGUUAUUGCAGGAUGACAGGUACAAGGAGGACCCUUGGCUUUGGGACUUAGAGUGGGAUGUUCAGGAGUUUAAACAGAAGAAAAUGACUGUGAGCAAGAAAAAGAAGGCAAAGCAGGAGGCUGAAAAAGCAGCAGCGGCAUCUUCAUCUGGCAACCCGGAGAAAGACUGGGAUGAGGAUCCAGGACCUCCAGAGGAAGAGGAAGGGAUGAAGGACCCCAGCAGAGAGCUUGUGGAGCGGCUAAAGGGUACAGUGAGUUGCCUGCCGAAGAGGAGACAGCACAUGCCUGCACACCCAGGCUGGUACCGGAAGCUGUGUGUGAGGAUGUCCGAGGAGGAGGACUGGUCUCCUGGAGCCAUUCUGAUCAGCCUGCAGAUGAGAGUGACACCCAAGCUGAUGGGCCUGACGUGGGAUGGUUUUCCUCUGCAUUACACAGAAAAACAUGGCUGGGGCUACCUUGUCCCAGGACGCAGAGACAACUUGGAGACCACAGAGGACACUGAAGGACCUAUAUGUCCCUACAGGGCAAUUGAGAACGUCUACAAAGAAUAUUGUGAACAGAAAGGGAAGGAACAGCCACAGUGUUUGGAUAGUCUGCCCUCAGAUGACCUUAUGCUAACUGACAGCAGUGUGUGGCAAACAGUGGAGGAGUUGAGUCGGCUUGAGGUCAUGUCUGAAGAUGAGAUAUUGCCACGGACAGUGAGAGCCAAAAAGGCUACGAGUAUAGACUUGGCUAAUGAGUGUCCCUAUCACCAUGGUAAUGGACCAUACAAUGAUGUCAACAUCCCUGGAUGUUGGUUCUUCAAGCUACCUCAUAAGGAUGGGAAUGAGAAUAACGUGGGCAGCCCCUUCUCUAAAGAUUUUCUCUCUAAAAUGGAGGAUGGAACCCUUCAGGCAGGCAGAGGAGGAACCAAUGCAGCGCGUGCACUGGAGAUCAACAAAAUGAUCUCAUUUUGGAGAAACGCCCACAAACGCAUCAGUUCUCAGAUGGUCGUCUGGCUAAGGAGGGGAGAACUUCCUCGCACUGUUAUCAGACACGAUGACUACAAUGAGGAGGGGCAAUAUGGUGCCAUUUUACCGCAGGUUGUUACUGCUGGGACAGUUACGCGCAGAGCUGUAGAGCCAACAUGGCUUACCGCCAGUAAUGCACGGCGGGAUCGUGUAGGCAGCGAACUGAAAGCUAUGGUGCAGGUGCCCCCUGGUUAUCACCUGGUGGGGUCAGACGUUGACUCGCAGGAAUUGUGGAUUGCAGCUGUGCUAGGAGAGUCUCACUUUGCUGGCAUGCAUGGUUGCACAGCGUUUGGGUGGAUGACCUUGCAGGGGAAGAAGAGUCAGGGCACGGACCUGCACAGCUGCACUGCAGAUGCUGUGGGCAUCAGCCGGGAGCAUGCUAAAGUCUUCAACUAUGGUCGCAUCUAUGGUGCUGGCCAGCCAUUUGCAGAGCGCCUACUUAUGCAGUUCAACCAUCGAUUAAGCCAAAACGAGGCAGCAAGCAAAGCACGCCAGAUGUAUGCUCUCACUAAAGGACUACGCAGGUAUCAUCCCUCAGAGGAGGGGGAAUGGUUAAUUAAGGAACUAGGUGUGGAUGUGAAGAGGGAUGAAGAUGGGACUGUGUCCAGAGAGGAGUUAGGCCGGAUUUCAAAACUGUUGCACCAGAGAUCUCGGAAUAAGAGGAAGUGGGAUAUAUUUGGACGGCGUGUGUGGAGUGGAGGUACUGAAUCUGAGAUGUUCAACAAGCUGGAGAGCAUCGCUCACUCAAAGCAGCCAGCCACCCCUGUGCUAGGCUGCAGAAUUUCCCGAGCCCUGGAGCCAGCUGCUGUCAAAGAAGAGUUCAUUACCAGCAGGGUGAACUGGGUGGUGCAGAGUUCAGCAGUCGACUACCUUCACCUGAUGCUGGUGGCCAUGAAGUGGUUGAUGGAGGAGUAUGACAUAGAUGGGCGCUUCUGUAUCAGCAUUCAUGAUGAAGUGCGCUACCUAGUAAAGAGCGAGGACCGCUUCAGAGCAGCACUCGCACUACAGAUCGCCAACCUACUUACCCGAUGUAUGUUUGCCUAUAAGCUGGGCAUGAAUGAUCUCCCUCAGUCUGUGGCUUUCUUCAGCGCUGUAGAUAUUGACCAGUGCUUACGGAAAGAGGUCGUUAUGGACUGUGUAACUCCAUCUAAUCCUACUGGAUUGGAGCGCCGAUUUGGACUAGCCCAAGGUGAAGCCUUGGAUAUCUAUCAGAUCAUUGAGAUUACUAAAGGGUCUUUGGCCAAAGGAAGAUAGUCCAAUCUCUCCAGUAGAAAGGAGGAGAAACCACUGCAAAAAGUGAACAGUUAAACACCAACAGCUUGGUGACUGAGGAUCCAAAAUGCAAAUUUCCUUUCUUUCACUGCUUUCUUCUCUUCUUCUUGGGAGCCUUACUCUCCACAGAAACUUGAGAGUCAGUCUAAGAAAAAGAAGGAUGACCGGUCAUGAUUAAGAAAAGCAAAGCUGUAUCUGAACAUGUAUCAGGCGGUUAUGUACCCAAAUUAAGUGUUAUUUCCAAGGUGUGAAUGUUUUGAGAACUAUGUUUUGAAAUUAUUACAAUAAUUCAAAUGUUUUCUUCACUUUGUAUUUCAAAACUCUUACAAGAAGAGUGUUACAGUAUCCUUUACAAGGGUUUCUUUUGUUAUUUGUUGAUAUUGAGCGUGUUCUGCAGAACUAAUAUAGACAAUGUCUAUACAUAAACUGUAUAUACAGACCCAUUCAGACACAUCUUGAUAUAGCUGCAGGAGUGGUUUUCUGUUUGUUUUGUUUUGAGAUUGAGGUCAUGGCUUGUGUGUUAUCCAAAUCAACAUCUUGGAUGGUUCCAUAUUCCCACUUUAUGAUUACCUUGUAAUAUCAGCUUAAUCAUCUAACAUUGCUUUCCAUGUACCUACUAAAUAAUAAGCCUAAAGAUUUGGAAAUGUAACCGAGCAUAAGCAAACAAACCCGCUGGCUCUCAUGCUGCUGCUCUUGUAGUGCAGCCUCCAGUGUGGCAGUAUUGAUCCGAAAGUCUCGAGAAGUGCUCAGCUUCAUAUACUGCAUCAGAUUUACCUGAAGAACACAUUGCAGCACUCUGUGUUAUUAAACAUUAUGGAGUUAUUUUUGGUAUGUAUUAUUUUCAAUAUCCAUAUUCUGCUUUUACAGUUGCUUAUUUCCUAAAAAAAAUAUCUGACUGAAAAUCUAAAGUUUACCUUUGACUU